AUGAUGAAGAGCAUCUCGUUAGACGCCACUAUUGACAAAUCCGAAUUCAAAAGUGAUGUGAAGACACGAAGUUUGACGAUAGAAGACUUUGGAGGCCUUUUCCCAGUAGCAUGUGUUUUAGCUGUCUUCUUCGGCCUUUCAAUUCUGAAACCUCAAUGGCUGCAAAAGAAAUGGAUUUCUUGUUGGACGUUCGAAGCUAUAGCAGCCAUUAUCGAAGCUUAUAAUUGGCAGUCUGUGAUCCCCAUCUAUGAAGAGCCAGAAUUCGGCAAUGACCUCAUUCCAUGUCCCUCUUAUUCCUUGCAAGACAUGAACACUCGAGUGCCUUACAUAAGCACCAUUCAUCAAAAUUCCACGGAUGCUCAAAUCAAAGCUGAGUUUAACGAGAUAAAAGGAAAGCGAACAUAUGUGCUUCUUGCCCACAUGACCGUCGACCUUUGGUCAAGACUUGUGGAGUAUGCACAAAAUGCAAGCAUGAUGAGUAAAGGAUACGCUUGGGUACUUACUCAAGGGCUAUCUUCUACGCUGGAUCCUGAAGUUAUGGAUAAAACUAAAAUGGGAGGCUCCACAAAUAGUGCUUUGGGUGUGAGGCCAGCUGUGUUUGUUCACUCCAGCAUUUACCCUCAUAUCUAUUACUUAGCGAUAGAAUUGUCGAAGUACAAUCAAAGCCUAUCUGUAUAUGGCUUGUGGACUUGCGACACUAUCUCAGCAUUGGCCUGUGCGGCAGAGAACGUCACAUAUAGUAAUGGAAGCAGAGUUUAUGCUGCAAAUAUAGGAAUGCGCAUUGAAACAGGCCCAGAACUUCGCAGAGCAAUUCAGGAUACUGAUUUCCGAGGCCUUGUAGUUGAUGAACCAGCUGGUGAAUUCAAACUAACGGACCCAACAUGGCCGGGUAACACAAAGGAGAGACCAACAAAGUUGAAAAUUGAGGUACCAAAAACGCAUUUUACUGAAUUUGUUGAUGUUACUGUAGAAGGACGGAAAAUAUCAGCUACUGGCUUUGCUGUUGAUGUGUUCAAAAGAGUGGUUGAUGCUUUGCCAUUUCCUUUACCUUGUGAGUUUGUACCCGUGAACAACAUUAGAGGAGAGCUGACUCCCUCCAGCUAUGAUGAUCUUCUCUACAAUCUCAAAAAAAAGGUUUCAUUUCAGAGCCAUUUUGGAGAGUCUCCGGACCCGGCCGCCGGCGGUACAGUUAGCAGCUAG